ACCUUUCGUUUCUUUGGAAACUCUGUAAUCGUUUAAUGCAUAGCAAUAACCUGUAAAUAUGCUAAUAUUAUAACCAUGCUAUCGAUACAGCAUCGCACCAACGUAGUAAACAUCCAAUAGUGCACUGACACAUUCUCAUCUGUGAUAAUGUUUUACCAAGCAGAAAAAUUAUAGUGAACAAUGUGAGGUUAUGUGUUUAUUUCAGACUUUUUAUUUUCUAAUACUCGUGAUGGAUUUGGCUUGCACGCUCGGCUCCCAAUGUCGGAAUAUUUGCGCAGCUAAGUUUCUCUGUGGCUGUGACCGCUCUCUCGGCAAGGAGAUGUCAUCUGGGAUGGCCCCGCCAGCACUCAACUCCGGGCUCGUAGCUGAGGACUCCCAGGUCAGCCUCCACGUGGAAUUCCAUUCAGAUGCAAAAUAUUUUUUGAUAACUGUUGUUGAGCCCCAGUAAAUAUUAGAAUAUGAUCAUGUCUUUGAAACCGCAUUACAAUGACAAGUCUAGCUCGAAUAUGUUUGAUGUUAAUAAUAAAUAUUUGCAUAAAAAGUUCAAGAAGAUGGCAGAAACUGUUCCUGUCACGGAGAAAUGUAGUACUCAGGAUGAAACUGAAACCACCAGAGAAACCAUUGUGAGUAUCGGAAAGAAAGUUGCUAGUAGUGUGUCAAUUAACGGUCAAAGCAUCAUCGGAGCCGUGCCUAGUGAUUUAGAGGUAGCACACAACUGCAACAGAACAUUAACCUCAAAUGAGGAAACUGAGUUGACCGAUGAUGCAGCCAGUCAAGACAGAAAUGUUUUUGUUCAAUGUAAGUUUGGAUGUACUAAAAAUAGUGGUCCUGGUAAGUGCAUGCAUUACUAUUCAGACAAACUUGGUGAAGCUCGAAUUUACACUUUAGCGAAUCAAAAAGUGGGCAAUGAUGGAGACAGCAGUUCAAUGAACCCAUUCAACUGUAAAAACAAAGCUUCAAACCGUGAUGAUGCCCAUUCGUCAGUAGAUUAUUCAUCACAGCAAGAUGGUUUUAGAGAAGUGGAGACAAACAACAAUCAAGACUGCUCCAAACAGAUCUACAAACCCAAAUUUAAAGCAGCUUUACAUUACGAGGAAGGGGAAACGGAAAACAAGCAUGAAACUAAGUCACCGUCGAGCCAGCUCUCCAACCACACAGCAGUCACGUCGCCAGCUUCCUCUUUGGACUCGGUCGCAGUGUUGAGCCACAGAAGUCCAUCAUCAGCAAGUUCAGAACAUUCAUCCUAUCAGUUAGCCAAACCUGAUAAUGGUGAAGUAAAUGUUGAUGCUAACUAUCCGGACAGUGUGUACAGAAGUAACCAGCGGGAUCCGUCUCUCUGCAGGCAGUCUCCGUUCAUUUCGAUUCCCCCUCAUUUCAUGAAACCCCAUUUCCCACCAGGUGCUUCCAUGUUAUUGCCAACCACAGACGAUCACUCUCGCCAUCAACUGCUGCUUUCAGCUCGACAGCCCUCGGACACAAAACUUUUGUUGCCGUUUAGGCACUUGGAAGGUGACUCUGCAUGUUUGCAUGGCAACCAACCUUUAAACUUGUGUGCUCCAGGUAGUGUGUAUUCAAAAAUUGAGACUGCAUCCAGUGGAAGUGACGCGUACAACCGCAAACGAUGUCUUACCCAAGAGCAUCAAGGUGCUUCCAAUUACAAAUGCAAGAAAAUGGUUUUGCAGGGAAAUGCAAGUCUUGCAUCGAUUGAAAAAGUUGAGAAGGGGCAACUUCACAAUGGGGAAAGUAGUAAAUUGUUAGGUGGUCCCGAAAGGUUUACUAUAAAAGACCUUUUGUUGAAAACAGGAGGAAGGAUUCAGGCAGUUGAGGUAAUGCAAGGCACCCUGAAAGAAGUGGCCCUCAGUGAAGUAAACGCAGAUGCAGGGGAAGGCUUCAUCGCAGACUUCAAUGCCAUGUCUCCAAACAAGUCGUCUUGCUACACUUGUGCAUUUUGCAAGUCCGGUUUUGAAACGGCAGCGGCUUUGAUCGUUCACCAGCAACUGUACUGCAGGCAGAAACACCAGUUGUACAGCAGUGACUUGCAUCAUGUUCUCGACAAAGACUCCAAGAGACCUUUCAAUUCCUCGGACCGCAUUUCAGUAAGUUUGAGCAAAGAGACGCGGCCACUGACGAUGCAGGUCGGGAACACUCGCGCGACCUCACCGUCCCUGUCGUCUCCGGGCCCUGUCCUCGGCAACACCCUUCUGGUUGCCAAGGACGUGCGUCACACACAGAGCAGUUUGGACGAGCACACGAUGAGCCUUUCCAAAAGACGUCGCCUUGAUCCAGAUUUGCGCAACUCUCAAGGGGCCAGAUCCAUGGGACCAAUGCUCACAGUGACAGACAUAUCGGGCUCCAUGUCCUCUGUGAGGAAGAUGGACGAAUCACUAAUGGCUGCAACUCAUCACGAUUCACAUCACUCGUUCGGAGAAGUGCAAAUAUUAGACGGUGCGGGCAGGACAAUGUCUUUACUGGGCAAUACAUCAAGACCACUUGGGAGCGUGGCAGACGUAUUUCUCAGACUUCCAAGCCACAUGAGACCACAUAGUUUUCCAAUCCCUGGCAGCAUGCCUGCCACAGCUGUCGAAGAAGAUAUUCCUCGAUGUGUCAUUGUGAAUUCUGAAUCACACUCGGCAGGUGCUGUCGUUCAUAUCGCACAGGAUUCAUCCAACACUUCGGCAAACCUGUCUCCUGGCAGCGUCAUUAAGUGUUUACACGUUUCCGGUGGUAGCGUCACCAUAGACGCGCGUCAGCGAUCCAAGUCUUCCUCACCUGUGCGGAAGUCUUCACUGAAUGUGUCGGGUGGUGGCAUUUCAAACACUCCACCUCCGCCAUUCUCAUUUCCUUCUGAAAUCCACGUGUCUCCUAAUACUGCAUCCACCACAAACUCGCAUUCUCAUGUGGCAAAACAUCUUAUGCCAGUGUUGUCAAACAUUUCGUUGCCAAAUUUAUCCACUGCAAAAAUACCCGUUCAUACUCUGGGCCAUCACUUGCCAUUUAUGCCGUAUUUCUUGGGGCUGCCAGAUUGUACAGUGGUCAGUUCUGUAAACCUCGCCGCGAGUGUUAGUUCUCAAACCACACCACAAGCUGCAUCUUCGCAUCGAAUGUCUGGUGCAUUCACUUCGCCAGACUCAAGUGGUGCACUCACCAUAGUACAUCAGGGUAAAAACAUUCCUUACGUGCCAGGCAUGCCGGGACCACAAACUUUACUAGUGAGCACCCCUGAGAAAAUGUCUGGCAGGGAUGAAAGGUUUUCAGAACCACUCGACUUGGCAUUUUCCCCAAAAGAGGGUUCACUGCCAUCUUUUUUGGUAAAACGUGGACAAAUUGAGGAUGUUUCAAUCUCGAAAUCAACCCCCAAGACGGAAGACAGCUCGACAGCACACAGAACGGAACGCCACACCGAUAACGGUGGCUCAUCGGAAAGUAAAAGAUACGUCACGAUCGAGCGGAAGGCGGCGGUGUUACAUUCCCCUGAACGGCCGCAGGCCAAGCCACUGGCGGCAGUGGAACCGAGAAUUGUGCAGAUCACGACGACUAAAGCAGACGGUAAGCAUCAUGCAGCAACAUCUCUCCCGAUGCAAGGUACCUCGGUCAUUCGUGGUUCAGACGGCAGCAGACCAGGAGUGUACGAGCCAACGUCCGGCCACAGAGGCUCCAGAAGCGGCAAUCUGCCCAAGCAGAGCAGCCACGGGGACAAGAAGGAAGACUGUUCCGGCGGGCAGGAAGCAGCGAAGGAGGAGAAGGCGAGGGAAGGGAAGUUCCACCGACCGACGUCGCUCCCGCUGAAGCCCGAGGCGUUCGUGCCACGGAGGCAGUUCCAGCUGGGCUCGACGCCCAAUGGCAGCGUGGUACUGCAGGCGAGCCCUGAGACACCGCGUUCGCGCAAGUCCUUUGGCCAGUUGCACCUGCAGGGUAACGUGUUCACCUUCCUCAACCUGAAGAUCUCGACACGGCCGUUCUUCUGCAUCCUGACGCGCACGCAGCCCAUGUACGUGAUGCAGACCCCGGACAACCCCAAGCUGUCCAUGUACUCCAACUGGCAGAUAAAGAAGACGGCGUGCCCAAACCCGCUGGGCCUGAGCACCGGUGAGGCAUUGUCGCUGUACGACUCGCGCAACCGCGACGGCACCUACACGACGGCACGGCCGUACGACAAGGAGGCGAUGGUCUACACGCACUCGUCCUAUUGGCUCUCCAGAGCGGACAAGGGCGGGGCCGCGCGCCCCGAUUGGGAGAAGUCUGCGGGCGCCAGCAAGCGCAGGGAAGAGCACUCAAAGACAGCGGAGUCUGAGGCGUCGUCUGGGGAGCCACCGCCCAGGAAAGCCAAGAUAUUUGGUCGAGGGUUCGAGUCGAGGGAUGACUACACAUACGUCAAGGGAAGAGGCCGCGGGCGGUACGUGUGCAACGACUGUGGCAUCCGCUGCUUGAAGCCGUCCAUGCUGCGCAACCACAUACGCACACACACCAACAUCCGACCCUACGUCUGCCGGCACUGCAACUUCAGCUUCAAGACGAAGGGCAACCUGACGAAGCACAUGAAGUCGAAAGCGCACUACAAGAAGUGUGUGAAGCUGAGCAUCUUCCCCGUGCCGACGGUGGUGGAUGACAGCUACAUAGACGAGGAGUGCUUCGCCCAGCAGCAGGCGGCCCAGCAGGGCGAGAGUGGCGACACUGACUCGGAGGAAAAUGACGAAGACGAGGACGAGGAUGAAGAUGAUAAAGAGAGUGAGGUGAGCAACGACUACUUGGAGCACGAAGCAGCACACAGCUUGUUGAGUCUCUCGGAGCCCGUGCUUCCUGGCUGCACCAUGUCAUCGUCCGGCCUGGCGCCCGCCUCCUCGCACGCAGGGCGGCCCAGCACGUACCCUUACACUCUGAGCGAGUGGAAGCCCGCGGCCGGCAGCAGCACGCCGAGCGCGGGGCUCACGCCCGUGUGCGCGCAGACGGAGCGGGAGACGGUGCUGCGCAACACAAGCCUUGCGGGAGAGCUGGGCUGCUGGCGAGGGGACGGGAGGAAGGACGACCGUGGCGAGAUGUCCACCAUGGUGUAUCGCAGAGACGAUGCUGCCCCUUUCACGCACAUCCCCCGACAGCAGAGCGACGUGAGCAAGCACCACCGCGCGCCAGGCUGGCACGUGGCACCGCACGAUGACAAGGGUUCGACUGAUGGCCGAUCCACCGCCGACAAAGGUUCUGAUGCUGACGACGAGUAUGGCUCGAGCGUCUCCUGUUCGGAAGACGACUCUGAAACGAGUGUCCACAAGGACCAGCAGAACUAUAAUCUUGAUGUGAACCCCAAUGCAGCCACUCUCCAGCCGAUAGAUUUGAGUACUAAAAAUUUGGCAUCCGUACUACCGUAUGCUCGUAAAAAAUCAUCAAUGUCUUUCUCCACGACCAAAACUUCACCUUUCUGCUCUAGGCCGCAGCCUGCUGCAGGCACGAAGACGUUCGCACUUUUCCCAGGACCGGCAACUGCCGCAGUGUCACCUGGACAGACGUUUGAUUCUCAGGCACACGCCUCGGCAGAUCCGGCGGAAACCAACAUACUGCACAAGUACUUGACCAAGCGGGAAAUCGAGCAUUCGAAACUGCACGGGCAAGAUGAAUCCUUGCUUGUGGAAAUAUCUGGAGCUGCGAUGACACCAGCUGAAUCCUUGCAUCACGAGCACGCUCCAAGGGAAAGUGAUUCGGGACAUCAGCUGCGACCACAGUCGUUGCCGGAGAACGUGAUCGGCGACGUUUCUGCAGACAAGUACGCGCGUCUGGGGAGGAUCCACACGAUCCAAGAGAGUGCUCGUGCGGGCGUCAGCGCACUCGCCGAAGCCGCGCGGUGCAGCGACGGCUCCGACGUUUCGAGUGCAGACAGAGCCGGUGUCGGAGCCAGCGAUGCGGUCCCAGAAGUGCCUUCCUCCAGCGACAGCGCAGCGAAGAACGCGAUGAUCAGCAGGCUGGGGUUCAGCGGCCAGUCGUGGGUGCCCGCUACCAGUAACGCAGCCGACCCCGAGGCGAGGGCGGAGUUCCUCCCCCCGUCGACCAGGCCCCUGCCGGCCUACGUCAGGGUGAUGGAGGAUGGCCAGAGCAUGUGUGUGCUGUGCAACAAGGUGUUCUCGAAGCCCAGCCAGCUGCGCCUGCACGUCAACAUCCACUGCCUGGAGCACCCCUUCAAGUGCGAGCUGUGCGCAGUGUCUUUCCGCAAGAAGGGCCACCUGAAGAAGCACGAGGCCUCCGCCAGCCACCAGAACAGGGUCGGCUCGACUGCAGCGGUGCGCACUCUCGCGACUGCCAACCCCCGGCCGUUCAGGUGCGACGACUGCGACAUCGCGUUCCGCAUCCACGGCCACCUGGCCAAGCACCUGCGCUCCAAGAUGCACAUCAUGAAGCUGGAGUGCGUCGGCAAGCUGCCCUUCGGCACGUACGAGGAGAUGGAGCGUGAGGGCUUCGACCCCUACGACAUCGACACAACCGACUGCGAGAACUCCCUGGAGAGCCUGCAGGGGCUCGCGCAACGUCUCCACGAGAAGGACCCUAGCAAGCUGGGCCACUGGGGCGGAGGUGAUGGGGACAGCUUCCAUCCCCACUGCCCGUCUCCCGCUCGGCAGGACCACACGGCACCCCGCGAACUCCCGGUGCCGCCGAGCGCAGAGUGCCGUGUGCAGCGCAUGUGAGAGAGGACCACCUCGGCUCGUGUGCUUGUGUGUGUCGAAUGGUUGCGCUGAUUUACUCCAUUGAGUCUUGUAUUGUGAUUCAAUAGUUUUGUUGGUUGUCCAAUGGAGUUCCUAUUUCGUAUCACUGAAUGUUUUGAUGGAAAAUGUCCUUUUUGAAAGUUGGAAAGGCUACCGUUUUAGCUGGUAUUUCAUAUUGGCAUGUUGUAGUGGUAGGUGCAGACAAAACCUAUUUCUAGAAUUCAUUAUUUUUACUGGGACCGAAAAUUUUAAUGUUUUGUGGAAUAUUGCCAUUUUAAAAAAAAAAGGUAUCUAAAUGAGGUAUAUUUUUAUAUAAAAUAUUUUGAUUUUACUGUGUGUAUAGAUUCGUACUGUUUUCUCUGCAAAUUUGAACUAUUUAACUCAAGAGUUGAUGUUUAUGUGCCAAAAAUUUAAUUUAAUCAUUGUUAAUAUUUUAAAACAGCUUUAUUGUAGUAGGAGAACUAAUGGGAAAAUUUGUAUUUUCUUGCAGUUGAUAUUCUACUUGUGCGUACCUGCCAAAUUUCCCACCAAAUAUAUAUAUAUUUUUGUGUUUAAAGAAGUGCAGCAUAAUCUAAAUUUUAAAUUGUGAACAUAUACUAGUUAUUUAUUUUUGAAGAUGUCAUCGUUCAUGCAUUGCUGGCAUGUGCAGUGAGGAGAGCAAGAUGGCAACAUGACAACAAAUAGUGCUAAUUAUACUUGAAAGUCUGGUUGAGCCAGAAGGCUACUACUAAGAUGUAGAGUCAUGAAGUACGGUAACAAGUGAGUGAUGCUGAUGCAGUUUUGGUCUUGUUCCAACAGAAACUAGGGUUUGGAAGUAAAGGUCAGCAUAUUUAACUCAUCUGAUUAAAACUAAUUGAGGAAGCAAGUCUGAAAAUAAUACUGAUUCUCAGAGCCUCUAUGAAUGCAUCUUUUUUUUUUUGUUGCAAGAUUCAUCAUUUGUUGAGAAAAAGCUUGUUAAGUUUACCUUUAUAGAACGGUUUUUUAAACGCACAUAUAGACCCUUAAAAAAUGAAGGAACUAUAUGAUAUUAUUUCUAGUGUGUAUAGAUUUUUCAGAUGUCUUCCUAGUUUUUUAAACUGCAAAGUUGGCAGGUAUGCAUGCAAUUUUCUUUGCAAAUAGUUAGCAUUUGAAGUGUUAUUCACAGUAAAAAUUUGUUAAGUUGUCAGCUUGCCACUGUUGAGAACUGAUGAUUAGAAUUUUUAGAUGUUUUUAUUAGACUGUGACUUUACAGCAGUAAUGUAUCAAAAUUUUUACAUUUUUGUGCUUCCAUAUCUAUUGAACUAUUUUUAUAGAAUAGGGUGAAUUAUAUUGUUUUAUUGUAUCCAGGCUUGUAUUUUCUAGAGUACAAAGUGUAUUUUUGGAUUUUAUGUAAACUGGGUCACUUGUUAGUAUUCAGCAGUGGAAGGGAACUCAAGUCUACUGAGUUGUUACUGCAAGGAAACAUGAGUCACGGGUUGUUGCGUGGCUCAUAGUUGGUUAAAUGUACACAUUUGUUGUACCACAAGUUAGUUACUAAAAGUUGUUAGCAGUCUUGUAUGAAACUUCCAUAGUGGUUUAAAUCAAUAAUAGGUUAUAUUUACGAAUGUUUUCAUACAGUAACGAUUAUCACUUACAAAACUUCAGAACAUCUGUUUACAAAUGUGUGUCAAAUAGAUAUGCCUAUGUGCUAAGUGAUUCAAGUACAAGUUUGGUCAAAACAUUUUAUCUUCUUGUGGAAACUUUGGUCUCCGUCAAGUUCAGUUUCAAUGCUUGGUCCACCGACCUGUCAAUAGAGUUCAUCUGCGUGGGCCUGAUGCCCCAUCCCUUAUCAGCAACUUGAAAGGGUCCAACAAUCGUGACACAAGUCAUUUACUAUCAUCUUUCUACGGUCUAUUCAUUCUUGUAUUGCGUAGUUUUUUUUAUCCUCUGUAGUACUUAGUCUAUACCUGAAAAAGAGUCAUUUUUAAAUGAUGUUUUUGUACUGGUCAUUUAGUGUAGGAUAUUGGACCUUGGAACUACAGCACAGUCUUCGUGCAGAUCUGCAGUUCCCCGAGAUGAGGUCAGGUGUGUGCGUGCCAGCUCCAGAGUAGAGCUGUGCUGUGAGACGUGCAGGCUCGAGCUCUCUGCUCGCGAGUUGCACAGCCGGUGUCGUUGUGUGAUACUGAGAAUUGAGCUCAUUUCGCAGGAGUGGCGUGUGCUUGUUUCACUUAGUUUGUUUUUUCUGUUGAGAGUUUCUUGCAGUGAGAGUAAUUUUUUAACUAAUUAUGUUUGUUGUCUUGUGUAGUUACACAAAUGGAUGAAAGGGAAUUUACUCAUAAAAAAUUGUACUACAACUUUGUAUUUACAAACAUUUUAUUAUUUACAAAAUGAAAAUAUGCAGCAUAUCCUAGUGGCUAGUACGUACUGCAUUUUGGUGGGAAGUAAAGUAGCACGACCCUGCAAUGAGUUCACCUUGGUCUCACAUUGCGAGUUGAAGAUUUGAUCGGAGCUUCCGUUAUGUUGGAGCGCGGCAUUAUAGAUAAGUCAAGAAACUUCUUAGCUUUUCACUCUGCAUUGGUACUUUUGCAACGUCAGAUUACACGGAAUGUUGGAUAAGCGAAGGUCAGAUAAACGACCCUACUGUAAAUGAAACAUUGUAAACUGCGCAACAAAGCUUAUAGAUGUAAAAUAUGAAAUUAUGUAGGAAACACCCAUUUAACACAAUGUCUACCAGCGCCGCUAGUAGAGCAAAAGGAAGUUGCCAGACCUGCCUACACGGCAGUGCGCUGAACAACCUGCAAGAUUAGUGAUUCUGUUAGCGAGUGUGAUGUCUUCCUAUCACUGUCAUGUUUGUGUACUACCACCUCGUGUAACUUUGCCAUUCACAAGGAAAGCAGAGCACAUUCCACCACAGCUUUCCUGUCAGUAAAACUGUCAGUCUGUGUCUGCACCUGUUUGCAGACAACCUGUAAGCCAAGUGCAGUGCUGUCCGAUCAUCACCGAGGUAGUCACGUUGGACCGGGGUUGACUCUCUUAUUCUGUGUUGUGUUCUGUUCGCUGUAGCUGUUGUUGACUGGUGAUACGACGGCUUCUGUUCAGUGUUCCGAUGCACUCAGCAUGUAGUGAUUUAUUUUUAGUAUGUAUUUAUAUGUGGCUGUGAAAAAAUAAACAGUUGCAUAACAUUCUAAUAAAUAAAAAAAAAUGGUUCUAGUUUCAUUGCUAAUACUUGUAGGUAAACUUACAAGAAUAAUUAAUUGACUGGUAAUGUUCCUGCCCACUUGAAAAAUCUACAAAUAUUAAGUUUUUAAAAUACAUUUGAUCUUUCAGAUAACUUACAGUAAUCGCAGCACAGCUGUUACAGUCUGAAUCAGUGUAAUGAACAGAAAAAAAUUUCAUCAAAAUAGUUGCAGCAGUUGGUUAUGUAUACGGUAACCCACAUGCAGAUGUUGAAAUUUUUUUCUCUAAAUACUCUUGUAUUCAUACUAAUUUUGUUUUGAUUAAAUAAGCUACUCAGUUACUUUGGAAAGUUGGAAAAAAAUGCAGAAAAAUUUUCUUUUGGAAGUUUGUUUUAUGUAUUGAUUACCAAUUUAUAAUGUUUAGUUAAGAUGCAAAAACAAAACCAGGAAUGUUAAUGUCACAAAAUAACUAACUAUGUAUUGGGCAUUAUUUUUUCACACUCAUAUCUCAUAUUUGCAUACUGUUUUGUUGGUGCUGGUUGUCUUCACGUAUCAGUGAGGACACGUAAAACGGACGAUACACUCGUUCCCAUUCGACCAGCGCUGGAUAGUUGGCCUUGAGAGCGAGCAUCAAGGAACACAACACCCUCUGUUCGUGGCUCAAAGUUGUGGCCAAGAUACAAGUAGAGUCUGUUAGUAUUCCAAAAAAUAUUUAAUAUUCUAUUAGAUAUUUCAAAUCAAAUAUUUUUUUUUUAUCAUUCGUUUUCAAUAUAUACAGAAAAUGGGAUUCAUUCACAAAAUAUUGUAAUGAAAGUGUUUAACAUGUACGAAGCCAGGAAGUUUUAUUGACAAAUUUGGAUUUGUUUUAUGCAACAUAGUAUGUACAGACAUGAUGUUAACGUGUAACAAUCUGUUAUUUUUAGAAUUUAAUCAGUUUAAUAAAAAAAAGUUAUCCAACUCACAAUGUGACUAGUUCAAGAAAAUGUGUUACCAGAUUUUCAUUAUAUUGUAUUUAGCAUAAUUUUUUUUUUACUCCUGUGACAUGGGGAAAAAUUUGUUCUUUUUGUUUCAAUUUUAUUCAAAAAAUAUUUGAUUGUCUUGAAUAAUUUUUUAUUAAUUCAAAAUUGUAUUGUUUUUUCAUAAGUCUAGCUAAAAGUUACACAGCAAAGAGACAGUUUUUGACUGUUUAAAUUGAAGCUGCUAAAUUUACACCCUAGAAAAAUACAUAUUAAAAUAUCAUAGUGGCGAGUAAAAUUUAAUCAUGUACUGAUGUUGAUGAUAGUCUAUGGAAAAAUGUUUGUUGCAUGAAACUGUGUUGUACGUGAUCCAUACAAUCUAAUUCUGCUAGUACAUACAAUCUCCUCUUCCUGUAACAUUAUUUUUAGUGUUGUGCGAGAUCUCGAACCUCGAGAAAAAUUUCGAGAAAUAUUGCAUUCUCGAACAGCGAGCGAGAAAAAUAAUUUCUCGAAAAAAAAACGAGAAUUUUUUUUUUGGUACCGGUAACAACUCAAUUUGGUAUGGAAACUAAAUUUGAUAUUGAUAGUUGUAUUUUUAUAUGUUUAACAUUACACACACACUGCCAUUAUUUUAGUUUAAAUGUUUUAAAAAUACCAAACGCGUCUGCCUGUUCGGACGAAAAAUGAUUUGGCAGAACACAAAAGCAAACAUGAUGCAAUCAUUAAGAGAUAUUAGACUAGCCGAUAGUCAACCAUCCAAAACCUUUAUCAAUAACCGAAACAGUGAAUAAAAUCUGUCAUAUGAAAUUCCAAUUUAUCCUGAAAGAAAAACUGCCGUAUUUAAUUUUUAAAUUACGUAAGCGUAAUACAUAAUAAAAUACGUUCGAACCUAACCUACAAAAUUGGUUUUGUUUACAUACACGUUAUUGCGGUAAAGUUAUUAAAAACAUUACCUUUAAUUUAGUCAUAACAUUUUGUUCGGUAAUGUUUAAUAGCAUACUGAAAUGUUGAUUAUUACGGCAAAAUACAAAAUUUACUUUUUAACGAACGAAAGGGAAUGGUGGUCAUGCUGCCAGCCGAGUCUGCUUCGCUGUUUCGUUUCUUAUUUCAUUUCCAAUAAAAGACUGCGCAAGUCAUUUGAUUAAAAUGGACUGGUGUGUAAAGGAAUGGAUUGAACACGCAGAACAAUUCACGCCCUUGUAUUACGUAAAAUUACGUGAAUGUGUGUGUUCAAACCCGUUGAAAAGGCAUCCCAUUUCCUUUUCCACCUUUUUUCUCUCAGUCGUAAGACGUCACAAGUAAUAAAUCCCGUCAAAGCCUCCCUAGUGCCUAGUUUUCAUUACAGUACCAGAGUUUCCCGUUUACGCUAGCUACUCUGCGGGUAUGAAUAAAUAAUGUGACGCCUGUAAAAUGUUAUUAGGAAUAUGAGAAUAAUUUCCUAAUACUGCUUUAUCUCUAACUGUGGCGUAACCAAGUGGAAAAAAAAAGUGUUGCGGGAAUAUAACAGUUUAACAGAAGUAAACUUUGUUGUCAAAUUAAACUUUGAUUUUUACGGUAAAAUGGAAGAUGUGGACAUAUCAGUGUGGCAGUAUUACACAAAAAGUGGCGAUAAGUCAACGGGAACCACAAUUAACAUGUUAGCUACUAGACUUUUACCUAAGUGAGUGAAUGUUUAUUUAUAAUUUAGUGUAGGCUUACAUAACGUGUGGUGCAUGUCAGUUGUGCACAGGCAACUAAAUUGACUUUCUAUAUGAUAAACAACAGUUUUAUGUACAGAACAAUAUAUUUUGAAAGUGAUAUCUACAGUAAAUCUUGAUUAUUUAAAAAUUUCUCAUUCUCGUCUCGUUUCUCGCGAGAAAAAUAUUUUCUUUCUCGAAAAUUUCUCAAGGCCUAAAUCUCAUUCUCGCACAACCCUAAUUAUUUUACUAACCAACCCCGUGAAUACAUUUGUUUAAGUGAUUAUUUAUCAUUGUUAUCGCUUUAUUUUUCUUGCAGGGAUAGUUCACAAACACACUUUUUUUUUAUUACUUUGACAUAUAGUGUUGGAAUGUUUCCUUAAAUAUUGCCCUUGUACUUUCACUUCUCAUUAUUGGUAUUUGAUAGGCCUGUGUGAAGUAUUCAAAUUUUCUAAUAUCAAAACGAAUAGUUUAUCAUUCAUAUUCGAUUCUAUUUCAAAUAUUAACACUUGGAAGAAACGAAUGUACAGUUGUUUAUGAAUACGGCUGAGCGGAAUCUUGAAAGAUUUUCUCGUUGGGCGGGGAAAAAAUUUCAACUGGAUGAUCGUAAUGUUUUAGGGUUAUUUAUGUGGAUUUUUUUGCUACAUCUGAACAUGUAAAUUUUGAGAAGACUAAUAUAGUAAAACUGAAUUUAACACAAUAAUUAGGGAACAUUACAAACACUCACAUUAUCAGCUAAUUCUUUUUAUGGAGAAGAGAGAGGUUGUUAAAAAUAUAUUAGAACUGACAGCAUCCUCAUAAGUAUAAAUACAUGUCCAUAAAAAUCAAAAACACUGCGCAGGUUGUUAAAGCUGACAGUUUCAUAACAGAGGGUAGAAACACUGCAUGACAGCUCUGCAAUUAGUCAUUCAGAACGGGGCGGUGAAGAGAAAAAACUUAUAGAUCUUGUGGAAAACAUCUAGUCGCAUACUCACAGCAGAGACUCCUAAAGUCUAACAACCUAUGACGACAAUUUUCUGGUGGAUAAUACACAGUGAACGACGACUGGAUACAGGCCCACACUCUCUCUCCUAGCUUAGUGACAGCUCAGGCAAUUAUCUUGCCACCUUGCAAACAGCUACUGUGUUUGUACGCUUAAGUUAAAAAAAGCCAAAAAAAUAUAGAAUCCAUAAAUGGUUAAUUUUCACAUAGUGAAAAAUUCAAACAAACAAGUUAUAAUUUUUUUUUUAGGCCUACAUCAUAUUUAACUAUAGAUUGAAACUGCUCACUGUACAUUAUUUUUAAACCCUCCCUCUUGAAGUUUCUUAACACAUACUGCAAUACCUUACAUAUUCUUUGAACUGUUUAUUUUUAGUAUUUUUUUUUUCAGAUCCUAAUUUACCAUGAAAAAUAAUUAUUUAUAUAUUUGCCUUUCGAAAUUUGAAUAUUUCAACAAAAUUUUACCUAUAGUAAUUGUAGCUGACCUAACCUAACCAACCUUUUGAUUUAGUAUUAUUUAUCUAAUUUCCCAGAAGCCACUAUAAUACACAUUUCUUUUUCUUUCAUAUAUAUUUGUUAUAUAUGGAAAAAAAAAUUGUGGGAUUCUAAUUCUUACUAUUUGAAUUCAAUAUUUGUAUUCAUAUAUGAUUUGAACUAAAAGAAAAUUGAUAUUCACACAGGCAGUGGCGGAUCCAGGAUUUUGGUUUGGGAGGGGCUUGACUCAGCUGAGGCUAGGCUUUAUCGAGGCAAACACUAAAACAAUAGUGGACCCAGAUGUUUUUGGAGGGGGCUUGAGCCCCUUAGCCCCCCCCUCUGGAUCCGCUACUGCACACAGGCCUAGUAUUUGAUCCUUCAAUCCUUAUUCUGUUUUAUCAGAUUCAAUACUCGAAGGUAGGUAUUGUGUAUCAGCUACUCCCGAGUACUGGAGUAAAGAAACUGUUAUUUAUUAGUGUAAAUUCAUAUGAUCGUGUAUAAGCAUUUACAAUUACAGAUAAUCACAAGACAGUACAAGUUCAGGCUAUGUUUGAAUUGAAUUGGUACAUUUGUUGUAAUUUGUGAUCUGGCAGUUAUCAGUUUCACUCUGAAAAGAAAGAAUGAUACAUGUAAAAUUAAAUAUUUAGAAAACUGUUUUGAAGUUUUUUUUUUUAAUAAAUCACUUAAAUGCUUCAAAUACAACUAUACUGAAAAUAUGUGAUUUUAUCAAUAAUGAGUUCCAUUGAAAUAAUUGUAAACAAUUAUUUGAGCACUGUAUCAUGCCUCAAAUCAAUUUAUUAUAGUUAUUUUGAUUGCCAUACUUAAUUUAUUAGUUCAAAAUAAUUCAAAAAAAUUAAUGGAUUUAUAUUAUAAAAGUUAAAUCCAACAUGGUGAAUUCGUAAUUUUGUAAGUUACUUUAAUUACCACAUAUGUAAAACAAAUUCACUAAAUGUUUCAUUAUUUUUGUACAAAUAAUCUGGUCAUUUUAGUAACGAAAUAUGUAAAUUCAAAUUCACCUGAAAUACUUGUAAUUGUGUGUUCGAGUGCUAUUUCUAGUGGCCAAAGGAGCUAAAAUAAUUCUAGCUUUAUUUUAAAAAAUACAUAUUCAUCACAUUCAACAAAAGUAACACAUUUUGUAUAAAUUUGCUGCAUGUUUUGUAAUGUGGCAAACAUUCAUUUGAUGAUUCAGUAUAAAAUAGUGUAAAACCUUCUAUAACUACCCUUGAAAUAAUGGAGUAUUAUCGUAAUGUUUUAAUUACAGUCAAAAUGGAAAGGAAAAAAAAAAUUUUUGUGAAGUAUGAAAACAUGUGUCAAUCCCAGCUAAUGCUUUAAGAAAAAAACUGCAUUAUAAACAUGAACAAUCUCAAUGAAAUGGUUUUUCAAGUUGUGAAAUAGGACUUCCCCACAAAUUUGUAAAAAUUAGUACUUUUCAUCCAGUUAAACAUACUCACUCCCAAUAAACAGAAUGAUUAAUGGAGGACUUGCAAUACCCACCCUCUGACGUCACGGGACACACACUGAGAAAGGUGGAACUCUGGGAAACAAAGCAAGCAGUCGCUGCCCAAUGCUGCAUGUGUCCGCAAGGAAGUAUUGAAUAUACUUCUGUUCAGGCGUUUAAAUAACACUUCUCACUUUUUUUUUUUUUUUUUUUUUAAAAAAACUUUGGAACAAUGGAAAAUAAAAGCUUACAGGUGUGAUCGCUCAAGUUCAAUUUUCAGUGCACAUGCGUGUGUGCUCAAAACACUUCAACAUCGCAUUGCAGAUUACAGAAAAUUGUGACAUUCAAUUUUUAAAGAAGAAUACAGUUCCCAGUACUAUAACAUUCACAUCAAAAACAAAAUUUAAUCUCCCCAUGCAGAAAACUUAAUUAGAGAUCAAAUGUAAGUAGACCUAUAACAUGAAAAGUGCUCAUGUCAUGUCUGAGAACUAUGUACUAAACAAAGACAGUUUCGUGUUUUUACGGGAUAAUAGCGUAUACAUCAGUAAAAGUUAAACGCUACAAGUGAGAUUAAAACAAUUUAUUUAUGCAAAUAGCAUAAAGGAUCUGCCACAUUCUCGCAAUCGUAUCUGUAACUGCUAUCUAAUUAGAUAUGAUACAACUCGGUGAUAGACAUAACAAGCGGAGCAAGAAAGUUUGCAAGGUUUGUACUUUUUCAUUUUCCUAGCCUUUUAUUAUACAGUGCAUAAGCUGUAUAAAAACAAGCUAAAUCAUGAAAAUUGUACAUUUUGACACCUGCAGGGUAGCUGCUUUUACUAAAAGUAGAGAUAAGUCUGAGUAUAUUAUUCAGUUCACUGUUAAAACAAUUUUAAUUAUUUUCUCUUUCAGAAUUUUUUUAGUUUUUUGAUAUCUCACAAUUUCCCUGGGCUUUAUUGCCUUCCCCUCUAUUAAGCAUUUCAGAAUACAGUAAGAAUUUUGAAACACAGUUUUUUGGGGGAAGUCACAAAAUUAGAAGUACCCAAAUAAUGUUCUUUGUAUUUUUUACCCCCUGGAAAGGCCGUGACUAUCCUAAAUUAGCUUAUCGAAUUAUAGAGUGUUUGCAAGUGCACAAUAAACAAGGGGUGAAAAAAAUAUAUAUAUAUUUAUUUUGUAAUAACAUGCGCUUCUCAGUAAACAAAAUUAGAGCAGGCAACAUUUAAUCCCAAAGUUAACAGUGGCAUUUCACCCACUUCCAGUCGUUCCUUUGCCAAAAGUAUCGCGCAAUCUACUUUGAUAUGCUAUUAAAGGUUCCAGCAUAUUCAUAUUUUCAAGGUUUAGCUACAAUGGAAGAAUCAAAAUAAACAGUUGGAAUCCAUCCAAUGACAGAAAAUAAUUAUCUCCGUAUUUGAUCAAAACUAGUCUUCCAAACAGUUUAUAUAUAAUCUUUUGUUAUCAAGUACUUGUAUUAUCAUGCUCAUCUGUCUGGGAUUUCUUUAGAAGUUAUUAAUUAUUAUUAAAUACAAAAAAACUGCAUUUUAGAAAAAGUUGUGUAUAUUUUGUUUGUUGAUGCAAUGUUAGGUGGUAUAAAUAAAAUCAGUUCACUUGUUGGUGAAUGCAUUGCACAUGGUCACAUUACACAUGCCAAGUUUGGGUUCUGUGCUGUACAUAUUGAUCUACCUGUAAAAAUGUUGAGUACAGUGUUUAUUUGGGCUGUACUUUAAGUACAUACUACACUGCUGUGAGUAGAGAGCUCCAAGAAAAUUAUUUUUCAGAAACAUCAAUUGUACAUAGUGUUUUGUGUCUUUGUUUAGUUAACUGUGUACUAAUCUGCUGUCAGUUUUGGACAGAAUAUAAUCAUUGUAAAUUUUUUGUAUAUUGACUAUAAAAUUUGCUAGGGCGUAAGUAUUGUAUACCUAAAAGAGCUCAACAUUCCACGUGAAGAGACAACGCAAGGCAGCUGUUCUGGGUUUGAGCUUAACUGUGUGCAGUUUGAAUUGAAACUUUCCUUUCUGUUGGUCAGGUUUUUUUUUUUCUUUCCAGUCACUGAGGUUUGCAUUAUGCUGUUAAAGCUAUACAACAAAUAAUUAAAACAUUUGUAAAAAAAAUGUUUUACAGUAUUUUUCACCCUUAAAAGUUAUUAAUGAAAUAGUAAUUCAGCUGUAAGUUGUCUUUUGGCAGUUCUUGGAAUACAUGUGCAUCUAACCAAAAUAACAUCUGUUCUUAACAAUCAUGUAUUAUUUGUUAUUGAAGCAGUUUCUCGGUGUAGAAAACAAUUUAUAUUUUAGACAUGUGGCCUAUGUAACAAAUGUCUGUUGAUUUGGUUGCAAAGUGUUGAACCCAAGGUGUUGCAUAUUUUGUAAACAGUUUCCAGGUAAAUUGUUACAGAAUAUUGUUGAAUUGUUUCACAUUUCACUGUUAUCUAUGUUCACUUGUUUUGUACAUUAUCCUUUCUGUUGUUUUCCCCCACCCUUUAGAGGGAAUUAUACAUAGUUUAUUGUAAAUAUGUACCUGUGUAUGUGUUCAUACGGUCACUACCUCUGUAGGCUUCUGUACAUUUGUCCUGUUGGAGGAGAGUGGUUACUUUAUUUCUGCAUAAAAUAAAGAAAUUUAACAUUAACUUUGUCAGCUGAUCAGUUUAUUACUGGAUUGUUUCGUUGAAACAAACUUGUCUUCAUUCCGGCUUCCUGCACUAGUACUCACAUGCUUGGCCGGAAAAAGUUUUUCUUUUCUUAUUCAUUUUCUUUGUAAAGUGUCUGUAACUUGCACAUUUAAAAUAAACACUUGGAAUCAAAGUGAAACUGUACACUAAUACUACAGUACAUAAGAAAACAUGCAUUAAAUUGUCAGAAAAUUUAGAGUGCAAAAUAACUUGAACUAUUUUAUGCAUGUAUUUCACACUUGAUAAGCCAUCAAAUGAUGUUAUCAAAAUGUUUUGUCUGAAACACACCUCCCCCUCCCCUUCCCCAAGUGAGAAUGUUUUUUCCCACCAAAAAAAACAACAUUCUCACGCUGUCAAAUGUUUCUCCCACUUCUUUGACGAGCAGAUCUGGGCUCUCACUGUAGCUACAUUCUGAAAGAAAAGAAACAAUUUUCAUACUUUUUAUAAAUGAAGUUUUGCAAAUAAAGUGUUAGCAAGAUAAUGAAAUAAUAAAAAUUAACAGCAUAGAAUGAAGUAUGAGGUCGAAUAUGGAGAGAAGGUUUUGUGCUGACGAAGGUGUCGUAAUUCAGAGUUGAAAGUGUCUGCAAGUGUCUUCACUCAAAAUUUGUAUUUUGAAAAGUUUUGUAAUGUUGAAACAAGUGAAUGUAAACAUACUAUAUAUCUUAAUAAAAUUGUACACAGUAAAA